AUGGAAUCCGGUCGUAUUUUCUUUGACUCCAAGUACAACGGCAACAUGUUAUUUCUGGGAAAUGGCGACUCUGUUUAUCGAGGAGUAAGAUCGGCGAUGAACAUAGAGGAAACCUCGAAGAGGCGGCCUUUUUUCAGCUCGCCGGAAGAAUUGUAUGAUGAAGAAUACUACGACGAGCAGCUGCCGGAGAAGAAGCGCCGUCUCAGUCUUGAGCAGGUGCACUUGCUGGAGAAAAGCUUUGAAACGGAGAAUAAGCUGGAGCCGGAUCGCAAGUCCCAACUAGCGAAGAAGCUAGGCCUGCAGCCGCGGCAGGUGGCGGUUUGGUUCCAGAACCGCCGUGCACGGUGGAAGACCAAACAGCUGGAAAGGGAUUAUGAUCAACUCAAGUCCUCGUAUGAUUCUCUUUUAUCCAAUUAUGACUCCAUUCUCAAAGAUAAUGAGAAACUGAAAGCUGAGGUUCUUUCCUUGACAGAGAAGCUGCAAGGAAAAGAGGCUGCCGUAGAGAAAUCCGAUCCGUCCUUGGUGGAUGCUCCGGCCGAUUCCCCUGUCCAACUCAUCUUGAAGGUAGAAGACCGUCUCAGUAGUGGCAGUGAUGGAAGUUCAGUGAUGGAUGAUCAGGAAGCUCCACAGCUUGUGGAUAGUGGUGAUUCCUAUUUUCCCAACAAUUAUUACCUGGGUUGUGUGUCUGUCGGGGUGGAGGGUAUUCAAUCCGAGGAGGAGGACGGCAGUGAUGAUUGCGGCAGCUAUUUCUCGAACACGUUGGUGGCGGCCGAAAAGCAGGAGGGUGAGCCACUGGGCUGGACUCUUGAGUUCCGUGGAACAAAAGUCUGGGUAUCCACGACCUACGUAAUGUCAGAGACUGCUCUCAGAGAUGUCAAUACAAUACCUGAAUCACAGAGAAAUGAAGGAAGCUCUGGUAAUGGAAAUUUUGUGAGGUCUCAGGUUGAGCACAAGGAUGAAAACAUCGAAGAAAUGCAAAAUAUAAAGACAGACUCAGUUGUAACUCCCAUUAAGAAAGAUGGGACAGAGAAUAAUGGAGUAGAGGUGGGGAAUUCAGAAGUGGAAUACAUUGAAUCUGAGAAUUUGAAUACUGUAGAAGACGUAGAGAACUGUCUGAAGACACUCCUAUCCAGACUAGACUCCAAAGACUGGGUUUCGGUGUGUGAGGCACUUAACGAUGUACGCAGAUUGUCUAUAUUUCACAAGCAAGCAAUUGUUGGCAUGUUGAAUGAUGUGAUGUCCUUAAUAGUGAAAUCGCUGAAGAAUCCAAGAAGUGCUGUUUGUAAAACUGCUAUUAUGACUUCUGCCGAUAUUUUCAAAAUAUACAGUGAUGACAUCAUUGAUGCACUGGAUCCAUUGCUUGUACAACUUCUUCUGAAAUCUUCACAAGACAAAAAGUUCGUGUGCGAGGCAGCUGAAAGUGCUUUGAUAGCUCUAACAACUUGGGUUUCUCCUGUUCUAUUGUUACCCAAGCUGGAACCUCAUAUAAAGAACAGAAACCCUCGAAUCCGGGCAAAGGCUUCUAUGUGCAUUUGUCGAAGUGUGCCUCGGUUGGGAGUUGACAGGAUCGAAGCCUUUGGGAUUGACAAAUUGGUUCAAAUAGGUGCAUCCCAGCUUAGUGACCGGCUUCCUGAGUCCAGGGAUGCAGCUCGUACUCUGUUGUUGGAGCUGCAAUCUGUGUACGAGAAAUCUCAUAUCCUAAAACCAACUACUGUAUCCGAGGAACCAAAGAUAGCCUCUUGGGAGAAUUUCUGUCAAUCGAAGCUAUCACCUUUGAGUGCUCAAGCUGUCCUUCGUGUGACCAAUAUUACAAGAGAGGGACUUGUUUUGGGUUCAUAA